UCAACAUUCCUGCAGGGACAUUCUGAGGGAGAUGAUUGUCAAAGUCUGAAGCUCCAAUUUCCAAGUAGCCACCAGCGUUCAGGGAUGGUGCUCUCAGGGAAGACGGUCAAGCUCAUCGUGUACGAGGUGCUGCAGUUUGCAGCUCUCAUUGUCCCUGUUUUUGUAGUCAUGGAGAGAUUUGCCAGGAUUAUAAGAGACGUGAAAGGACAGAAUGUGACUGCUUACUGGCUCGUGGUGGCGGCUUCUAUUGCCUAUGUGACCUCUGCAACCUUGCUGGUGUGGGUUCCUCUCAAAUACGUGAUCCUGAAGAAACGGAGAUUCAUUUCGGAGAUCACACAGUGGAGACCGACAGCACUGGCAUAUCUUCUGCUGUCAACGCUGCCAUGUUUUGCAAUUCUAAUAGCCAGUUCCAAGGUCCAGCUGGACAAGCAACAAAAACUCGACCAUUUCACAGAGCUGCCUGUUUCCUUGGUUCUUUUCUCCCUGAUUUGUGUGGAUAUCAUAGAGAGGAUACGGCCUCACAAGCUCAUGGGUAAAGCUAAUAUUAUGGAUUCUGACUACGACAUGUCAAGACCUGUCCUGACCCAGCUGACACAUGUGACCAGUGUUUCAGGCCAGCUGCCAGCUGAUGAAGGCCAGAACAGUGUGACUCCAGGCCAGGCAGAGGCCAGAAAUGGCAGCACAACCAACAAAAGGCAGGAUGUCACUGAGUCCCCUCACAGCACACGACCAAACGCUUCAUACCUGUACUCUUCCACCCCAAGACUGAUGCCUUACUCGGGUCCCCUAAGCUUCCUGUGGAGGAAAGAUGGAAGGGCAGAGGUAUUUGUGGAGUGUUUCUUGUUCUGGCUGGACACAGUGGAGAUGGUGCGAGUUUCCGGGGAGCCAGUCAUUUUCUACUCAGCUUGGGUGUUCCCAGUUUACAUCCUGGCUUUCCUUUCUUGUCUCCGCAUGAUCAUUGCUCCCCACAGCUUCCUGCUGCCGUUUGCUGGAGCUAUGCUGCAGGAUCUUCCUUUCUUCAUCAUUCGAGUUGCACUGAUUAUUGUUUUUGGUUUUGUAACACCUUUGCUAUAUCCUCUCAAAAAUGUUCUGGUAAAUUUAACUUUUAUCUAUUUCACAUGGAUGACCAAGCUGAGGAUAUUUAAAAGAAGCAGUAUGUUCUGAGGAGGAGCGUAAAGACCCCAACUCACCUGUGGAUGUUUGAACUGUUUUCUUUGAAGAGCAGCACCAUAGACUCCUACUGAAACAUCAUUUGUGUAAUUAUUAGCCUUAUGAUAUAUAUAAGGGUAUAUAGAUUGGGUAUGAGUGUAUUUAUGUCAAUUACAUGUUAAAAAAAAAACAUGUCUGUCUUUCUUUAAAUCUAUACAUUUCCUUGAAAAAGUAUUGAUACCUCUUGAGCUGUUUUUUUACAUUUGGUCACAUUACAGUCAAAUUAAAUCAAAUCAACUGUAUUGUAUCCUAAUUUUAUAUGAUAGGCCUAAAUAUGGUGCAUAACUGUUAAGUAAAAGAAAAUAAUGGGGUAGAUAUUCACCAACUUCACACAUAUAUUUUUUGUCAUUUGUACUUUGGAAAAUAUUGUACAUAUUUAUUUUCUUUCUGAACUUGUUUUCUUGCUACAUUUAAUCUUUAAAAUCCUUACAUCUCUAAACGCAGAAAGUAAUCAAACGUUUUAAAGUUACAUAUUUAUUGAUAGAGAAAAAACACAGGUGAAAAUGUUUAGAUUUAUACAACUAAAUAUGUGAGGGUGCUGUUAAGAGAAGUUAUAUAUUAACAGGUUUAACUCAAGGUAAGAAUAUUGAAAGAAAAACAGCUGAAAUUCAAAAAGGUCCGUGCUGAAAUUGCUUAGGUUUUAGUUGAAUGAAAACAUGAUUCUGAGAUCUUUAAAGGACAACACCUAACCAAAAUAACUUAAGCAGAGGUAAUAGAUUAUCUUUUAAACAUUAACUGAAUAAAUUAUUGCAGUGGAAUCAGGAAAGAAGUAAAUGGAGUGCAUUCAUAACCAAAAUGUAAGACUAAAGGAGGAUGAAGAGUAGUUAGACUUGAGUUCUGGCAGAACAGGAAUCAAGGUUUUAUUAAAACAAUGUAAAACAUGAAGCAAAUCAAUUAAAAAUCAUAUUUAUGUUGCCUGUGCUUUGAAGAUAAUUUAGAUUUUAAGUCCUUUUCUUUUGUUUUCUUUUGGAUGUUUGAGUUUGUAUCAGUGCAGACCUCUAUAGUGGCUGCACCGAUACAAUGCAGUAACUAUACUGCACCCCUACCAGGACACAUUAAACAGAAUUACACCCAUGAUUCACAUGCUCUUUCUUCCUGUGGUAGAUUAGUUUCAGCUGACAAAGAAAAACAUAAAAUCAUAUAAGGUGAGGAAAUAAUUCAUUCCUAUGAAGCCCUGGGAGAAACUUGUUAAAGACCUUAUACACCAUGUGAGUGAUAAAACAUCAGCCAAGCAGCUGUAGCUCAAGCAGUAAAGAACCAGAUCUGGAUGGCUUUCAUUUAUGAGCAUAAAAACUGAAAUUAACUUUCCCUAAUAUCCCCACAGCCAUGAUCUUCCGGCUUCUCAAUAAUUCAUACCAUAAUCUGCAAUAAGGCAUUAGUGCAUCUCGCAUUACAAAUAAUGGUUGCUAUUGGAGUGCAGCUUGCUGGUGUGACGGAGGACACUUUCUCAUUAGUAUGACAGACUGAAUGCUUAAAAAGAUCAAAGAAAACAGCAGUCUGGACACCAUUUCUCUUGGUAAGAGACUCGAAGAUCCCUGAUCAUCAAUGAUGAGUUCAAAAUUUGCCAUUUUAUCAACUUCAAAUAAAGUUUUCAUGCAAAUCUCCUGCAAACUUUGUAGUAUAUACUGUAACUCCUUUCACAGUAAUACUAAACAUAUAUGACAAUACAAUUUCUUUCUGUAAGA